AUGACGAAUCCCGACUACUCCGGCUACCUCGAGUCCGUGUACCCGGGAACGACCUGGGAGACCAAACGUCUGACUGGGGGCGUCGUCAAUUCAACUCACCGAGCGACGAAACUUUCUGGCGACGCCGGCCCUACCAGUCUAGUUCUCAAGCAUGCGCAUCCAUAUGUUGAAAGUGCCGGCCCAAUGCUACAUUUCUCGACUGGGCGACAGGCUGUUGAAGCGGCCAUCCUGCGACUAUGGGAUAGAGGCGGCCUGCUAUUUGACUCGCGCCAGACUGGCCCAGCUUGGAAUACACCACGUCUCCUGCGUCACGACUAUGGCAAAGAGUCCGUCUUGAAGAUUAGCGAUUCGAAUCAAGAGGCUUCGAUCUUGCUGCUAUCCGAUCUUGGACGCCUGGUCAACAUUGUCGACUUCAUCAAGGCCGCGGCCAAAGACUCCAGCAUAGCCUCUGCCGACCAAGUCUCCAAGCUUGGCCACAAUACUGGUUCCAUCAUGGCACUUGUACACAGUCCAGAAACUGCACAGAAGAUACAGGCCGACCCUCAGACAUACGAGAAGCUAUCACAGUCUGUGUCUACGAACAUUGUCUGGGAAUUUGCUGUCUUUCCCAUCAAAAACCGUAUCAAAGACCACUAUAACGCGGAAAACCUAUACAAUGCUACAGUUGAGGAAUACAAGAACCCGAAAUAUACUUAUCGACCAGCCCUCAGCUUUGGCGAUUUCCACCCAGGUUCGAUACUGUUAGCCGACCCAGCUCUGGAGGUGAACCUAACGCCAAUUUUGGUGGACUGGGAGUUCGGAAGUGCCAAGGGACGCGGCGUCAACGGCGACAUUGCGCAGUUUCUCUCCAGCAUGCGCUGUGAGAUUAUUGAUGCCAAGGACGAUUUAGUCCUGCAUCAGCUGCUAUUGUUGUACGUAGAGGGCUUUUGUUCUGCCUACCGAGAUGCUGCCCAGCUCCGAGUCAAGAGGGAUCCCCAGGACAGCAAUCUGCAACUCCUACGCUCCACAUUCUCUCUACAUGGGCGCGAAAAUAUCAAUUUGGCUCACGACAUUUACCAAGCCAGUUCCCGGUCUAAGGAAAUGGUUGACGCGGGUGUUUGGUUUCUCGAAAGAGCCGGCGACAGCGCAGAGCACUUUGUCUCGGAUCCAAAUUGGGGGGAGCUCCACAAGGAAUGUCAUGGUCUUCUCCAAUCAUUGUUCUUUCUCGAAUAA